CGGUGAUGCCGGAAUCUUACUAAUUGAGCAUUCUCUCAACAAUCUGAAAGUCAACGCAAGUUGAAGUUUGUUAGAUUCCAUUGCAUCAAAUACAAAAUAUUAAAGUUUACGUGCAGAAAAACUGUCAACAUGGAUUGUGAUCAAUCAGAGGAAGAGGUACAAUUAAAGAUAGCCGCAGCCGGGGAAUCAGCUCCCAUUCCCGCUGAUGCAGACGACAAUCAGACGAUUGAGAUAAGCUCGGAUUCUUCAAAUGGGCCCUCCGACAGCGAUUCAGACAGCGAUGAUGAUGUAGGCAUUAUUGAUGACGAUACCGAUGAGGAUGGCGAAUCACCCGAGGAACAAGACUUUGAGGACACAUUUGAGUUUUUGAUGACCAAGCCGGAUAAGGAAUUCCGCCACUUGGUUCAGCUAAGCGAGGUCGCGUUCAAAUUGAAUGAUUUAGAAAAAAUCGACCUAAUGGUGGUGGAAUUUGAAAAGUUGGCCGUCAUACCCGGCAACAUCUGGAUUAAGUACUUAAAGGCAUGGCUGGUGGUGACUCAAACUGAUGAGGAGCGACGCCAAUUUGAAGAUAAAUGUGCCAAAUCCUUGCGCUCAUCUUACAGUAUCCCUUUGGCUGAAUUUAUAGUGGACGAAUUGGUUAAACUACAGAAAAUAGAGAAUCCUUUGCUCUGGGCCAAUUUGCUGGCCGAUUAUGGUCUAGAGCGUCCUGAUUUUAUUCAAAAAUUACACAGCCUAAUUAAAGCCGCCAACCUGACGGAGGAGGAGUCCACUAAGAUAAACGAGCAAAUGCAAAAGCACUGCCCCACUUGGGCUAGUCCACCCGAGCAAGUGGAGAUUAUCAUUAAUCUGAUUAAAAGCUUCAUUAAACAUAUUGAGGCCUUUAAGCCCCAAUAUAAUAAUUGGAACUGGGCCAAGGUGCACAGCCCCUUUGUGGAGAAGGCGGAUGAGUUGCCUCUAAACGAUGGAAUACAAGAUGGUCUGUGCAAGCUAAUCUUUGAGCGCUGUGUAGCCAAGUUUCCAACAGUCGAUGCCGUAUGGAUGGACUACAUUCAUUUUGUUGAAAAUGAGAAUACCGAUGGUGAGGCUGGGAGUAAGAAUCCAUCUGAACAGGUGUCCACAAAAAAAACUGCAAGAUGUUCAUGGGGAUAUCUUAAGGCCAGUCCCCUGGAUUUGGCACGACGUGCUGUCAAAUGUCAUCCCAGUAUUCGCACUAAUCACAAAUUUCUCAAUCUAAUGGAGCGAUCCGGGUACACUCCGGCACAGGUAGAGAGCGAACUAAAGUUACUCUUAGCCCGAAUUCAGCCAGAGAUGAACAUGACGGUUGAGCUUCACUUAGAUUAUCUGGCCUACCUAUUGAGAGCCAAGAACGUCGGCGAAGAGGAACAGGCAAAUCAAGUGCGUGCAGCCUUUCAAAGCAGUUGGGACAUACUCUCUGAUCUGUAUGGUGAUCAGGCCGACACAAGCUACGAAAUGCUUCAGCUGUGGGCUCAUGUGGAGUACUGCCUAAUGGCCAGUCCGGCAAAAGCAGUUGAAAUCUGGCGUCAGAUAAUGGGCUAUCCCGGCAGUUCGUAUCGAGGUCAGCUUUGGAUGAGCUAUGCUCAAAUGGAAUGUGAGUACAAUGGAGUACAAAGUGCACUUGUCGUUCUGCGGGAGGCUAUGGGCCAGCCCGCUAUGGAAGAUGCCCACCUGGUGCAAGAGCUGUAUCGUCGUUACGAACGCAUCCAUGGCACAUACGAAACCAUUGCCGAAUGCCAGUCACAGAAGGCACCGGAACCAGAAUGGCACACGUCGCGACGUCGCCCACGGGCUGAAAUAUACCCUGCGCAUCGUCCGAAACAGCAACAGCAGCCGCGUCAGCCGCAAGUCAAUCCAAGCAAAAAACCGAAAAAAACUCCCCCAGAAGCGACACCGACACCAACAGCAGCACCAGCACGUUCUCCAGUGGCAGCUGAAGCGAAACAGCCAAAACCACAGUUCGGCUCUAAUUUUAAAUAUUCGACAAAUAUGGAGACAAACAAAAUUUUCGUAAAGAACUUGCCAUCCGAUUGCACUAAGGAACAGUUAACAGGUAUUUUUAAGCCAUUCGGCACCAUAAAGGACGUAAGACUUGUCUUCAAAUUUAACAAGCAAUUUAAGGGAAUUGCCUACAUUGAAUAUGAAUUGCCCUCAGAGGCGCAGAAAGCAGUGACACAACGUGAUGGAUUCUCCAUUGGUGGUCAGAAAAUUAAUGUGGCCAUAUCGAAUCCUCCACCCAAGCCACCACUGAACAAUCCACCGGCCUUACAAUCUGCUCCCAAGCGUCGGGUAGCCACUAGCCUGAUACCAACGACAUUGGUACGCCAAGAAGCUAAGCGUCGCAAGCAAUUGGACGUAGAACCCGAGAAGUCAGUCCCAGCCGAUUGCCCGCCAGCCAAUGGUGAUAGUGAUCAGUCACGCAAUGGAAAUAACGUCUCUUCUGCCAUCGAAUCAACGUCUGCGGAUGCAGCAGUUGCCCCCCCAGCAACUGCUCCCAAAUCCAACGAUGACUUUCGGAAGCUAUUUAGUAUUUAAGCGAUAGGCUAGCACAACCAACACUUCAUACCCAUGUAAAUCGGAAGUCCCAUUCCAAUUUUAAACUAAUUCCAUACUCAACGCCCUCACCUCACAGUAUAACAAUAAUACCAGAAAAUGAAAUUGUGUUUAUGCGGCAAAAAAUGCAAUAUAUGUACAUAAAUGUAUAUUUACAUAUAUUCAUUUGCUUUGCCAUAAGGGACAACUCAGUUUCUGAAGUAGUUUUAUUCAAUCGUAAAUGCCUUUUUAAAAAGAAAUACAAAAAGGACAAAUGACAAAAACCAAAUCUAAAUAAAUGUAAAAAAGAGCAUAAUUGGAAUUAAAUAUUUGGAACAACUUCA